AUGGCCCCUGUGGUGCAUCGUCGCUCGGCCCUGCUGAAUGCUUUUGUGGCCCAAGCUCUGGACGUGCAAGCGGGGCAGCACCAUCAUCAUCAUCAUCAUCAUCAUCAUCAUCAUCAUCAUCAUCAUCAUCAUCAUCAUCAUCAUCAUCAUCAUCAUCAUCAUCAUCAUCAUCAUCAUCAUCAUCAUCAUCAUCAUCAUCAUCAUCAGCAGCAGCAGCAGCAGCAGCAGCAGCAGCAGCAGCAGCAGCAGCAGCAGCAGCAGCAGCAGCAGCAGCAGCAGCAGCAGCAGCAGCAGCAACAGCAGCAGCAGCUGGAGCAGCAGCAAGGGCAGCGACAACUGCAGCAACGGCAGCAGCCAGAGGCAGCAGGGGUGCGGGAGCAGCGGGGACAGCGGCAGCAAACGGCUGGAACAUCAUUUUGA